UGUGUGUUUUUGUGUCCACCACCAGUUGCUCAAACUCUUUCCACCAAUCACAAACACCCAAAGAAGCUAUUACGUAAUGCGUCUUUGCCGAGCAGCGCCGCCCAUUUCCUUUGGGAAAAAAGUGGUCAGCUAUUUUUUUUUUUUUUAAGCUGACAUCUUUGUAUUUUUAGCUGUUAGCCAAGGCUGCUAAGUAACUUUAAAAAAUAAAAUAAAAAAGAGGCAUAUCUCGUAUCAAAGUACAUACACGAACUGCACGGAAAGUCCACGCUGUGAGGAAGAAGGAACAGUAAAAGUUACUAUGGAAGAAGUACAGCAGGGCAGCAAUGGCACCGAGUCACAGACUGCCAUCAUUCCCACUACCAUCACAAGCUCUCAGUUCUCACAGAUAGCCCAACAGAUGUCACUGGGUGGUUCUUCUGUUGCUGUCGUACAGCUGCCGGGGGGUCAGUUUCAGGUUCAAGGGGUGAUCCAGUCUGCGCAGUCAUCAGUCAUUCAGUCUCCUCACGUGCAGACUGCACAGGCCCCGGGUACAGAUAGUGAUGAUUCGCAGGACUCGUCGGACAGUGAAGUAGCAGCCCAAAAGACCAGAGAAAUACUGGCGAGACGGCCUUCAUACAGAAAAAUCCUGAAUGAACUUUCAUCUGAGGAAGUGACACACAUCGAGGGAAAGGAUAACAGCCCGUCCACAGGAGUGACAGGUGUUACAGUACCCACCACCCAAAUCUACCAGACCAGCAGCGGCCAGUACAUUACUAUAGCUGCUAAUGGCACAAUCCAGCUGGCGACUCCCGGGUCUGACGGCAUUCAGGGUCUACAGGCUGUCACCAUGGCCAACUCUGGUGGAGCCCAGCAAGGCACCACCAUCCUCCAGUAUGCCCAGACGCCUGAUGGCCAGCAGAUACUGGUGCCUAGCAACCAGGUUGUCGUACAAGGUGCAGGAGGGGAGAUGCAAACAUACCAGAUCCGCACAGCUCCCACAUCCAGCUCCCUGUCUCAGACUGUAGUUAUGACCUCUCCCGUGGGACUGUCUCAGGGCAAGAGUGACGAUCCAACAAUGAAGAGGGAAAUCAGGCUCGCAAAAAACAGAGAGGCAGCUCGCGAAUGUAGACGGAAGAAAAAGGAAUACGUUAAAUGCCUGGAAAACCGGGUAGCUGUUCUGGAAAACCAAAACAAGACCCUGAUCGAAGAACUGAAAACAUUAAAGGACCUUUAUUGUGUUAAAACAGGAUAAUUAGUUUGAAUAGAGGUUGGAGAUUAAGACAUAAUGUUGGGAGCGCACAGCUCAGCCAUUUGGACAUGAACUGGGUUUCUGGGAACACUUCAUUUCAGGCUGAGAUCCUCCAGUUUUUUUACUCUGUUUGAUAUAAAAGUGACUUGUGAUGGCAGUAAAGAUAUACUCGACGAAUAAAAAAAAAAAAAAAGAAAGAAAAGAAAUUGGCCAUUUUUCCACCUGCUGUUUUUUUAAAAAGAAAAAUUUGCUAAUGCUAUAACAUUUAUAGUUGUGUACAUUUUUAAUAAUGGGAGGUUUGAAAUUGUGAGCUUUAACUUCAGUUUCUAAAUGUGUCCCUCUCCUUUUCUCUCUUGUCUUUUUAAAAAUGUUGCCGUUUUUUUUUUUAAAAUAAUAAUCGUAACAGCAUCAGCAGAAUUUUGACUGUAUGAUUACUACGCAGACAUAAUUCCUCUUUUAUUUUGUGAACCAGCAAUUCCCCUCAUUUCCCUAUAAGGAGAUGUUACAAUUGUCAUUCCUUCUUUUUGUGCAAUGGAAUAUAAAAGGGUAACAAACGAUGAUAUUGAGUGUGGCUUGUUUGGCUGUUUCUUGGCAGUUACUUAGACAAUCAGGGAAAAAAAAAAAAAGCACAGUGUCCAGGUAAUAUUUAUUAUGUACAUCUUGGGAGGGGUGGGGAAGAAGAACAGUGUAUGAAAUGUUGCUGAUUCUAUAAGUAAAUAAAUAUAUUUUCACUCAAUAAA